AUAGAAAAAUGUGAAAACUGUCUGAAGCGGAUUCCGAGCAGCUGCUGGUGGAACAGCAGCCUCCACCGGAACGAUUUCACGUCCUGAGUGGACACGCUUCCUUCUAAAGUGUCACGUGCUCCUUCUUGCAUCGUUAACGAUACUGAACAAAACCGUCACGUUCGGUGUCGCACGUGCUGCCGGCCGUGGAUGUGGGCUGACGCGUUCAGGUCCGCGACCUGCCGGAGCUUCUUUCACUGCAGCCUUCUGCAGCUCAAGGUGUGCGUGCGCGCGCGCGUGCGUCAGGGGCGUGGAGGUGGAGGGGAGCGUUGCGUCCUCUCACGUGACCAGCCCGCCCGUCCUCCCUGCUCUCGGUCCGGAUCUCUUUGUUGUGGUUGCAGCGCGUCUGUGAGCCGGAGCGCCCCGCUGAGCUCCGUGACGGAUCCACGACGCGCGGGAUCGUUUCGUGUGCGGCGCGAGACAGACAGCCGGAUCCAGCCGGUGCAGCUCGGUCUGCCUGAAGAUAGAGGCGCGGACGCAGGGGGAGGAUGCUCCCUGCCCGGACGAACUGGACCGCCUCCCAGACUUCCUGAACGCGGAUCCGGCGAGCGUUACCCACACAUUCCUCCACCUUCCUCCCUCUGCGCUCUCCGUCAGUGGGGCACAGUGUGAGCCAGCCUCCGCCUGCUGCACCCGGGAUUAAGCUGUGCUUUCCACCUGAACCGACAUCCGAGCGCUGCGUCCCGCUGGCGUCUGCAGGUCGGAUCGGCUUCUUCGCGAUGCUGUCAGGCCCUGCGAGGCAUCGCGGGCGUCCCGGCGGGGUCGUCCGGUGCCUGGUGUCCGCCUGCCUGCUGUCUCUGCUGCUGGAGGCUCGGGGGUCUUAUCCUCAGAGCGGCGAGUGCAAAGGCAAAGGAAAGGACUGCACAGAUCUGUCAGAGAAGAAGAGCGACCUGAGGGUCUGUGAUGACUCCACCUGCCGAUUCGGGGGCACCUGCAGAGAGGACGGCGCUCAGCUCAAGUGUGUCUGCCAGUUCCAGUGUCACAAAAACUACGUUCCUGUGUGCGGCUCAAACGGAGACACCUACCAGAACGAGUGCUACAGGCGACAGGCGUCCUGCAAGCAGCAGAGACUCAUCUCCCGGGUGUCCGACGGGCCCUGCUCCACCGGUGAGUGUGUGCCAGGAAGUACACAGUGUUGACGCAAUGGAAACGGGAAUUAACGCUGUCCGGGUGACUGACCGAUUGAGAGUGAGGGUUCGUCAGAAAAGUGAAUUAUAACGGCUCAUUUACUGAUAUCGAGCUGCGAGGACAUCAGUCAGGCUAUGAGGGCUUCCGCCGUUUAAGGCGUCAUCUGAGGGAAUCAUUCAGCUGCCGCCUCAUAUUAAGAGUCGUGGCGUCUUCAUUUGAACAUCGCCUUCAUUCGUCUUCAUUCUGUUCCAUCACUCAUGAUGUAAUGGCUUUUUUAAAACAGCACAGAGGGAAUUACGAAGAGAAACUGUCGAGAAACAACCUCAUAUACAACCUCAUGAUAUACACACCGUCUUAAAGCAUCCAACUUUUAAAUGUAUAUAUACUCAGCGCCUGAUAUAAUCAAUCAAUGCUGCGAGUGAUGCAGGUGAGUGCAAAAAGCAGUUCAAGUAACACGUCUUCUGCUGCUCUGACACUAAAACCUAAUUUCACAUUUCAGUUUGCACAGAUUCUUUUUCAAGAAAAAAUAUGAGAAAUUUGCUAAGUUUCCAUUUGUUGUGGGCCUGUUCUAUUCUUGGACUCUACUAAAGGAGCUUUGUGUGAUUUACAGUUCACAAUAAUCCUUAUUUAUCUUAUCUUGGGCCUUAAUGCUGUCCACCAGUAGAUGCUCUCUGUUGUAGCUCCUCCCACUCCCAUUAUGCUAGCAAUCUUCUGAUUGGCUGCCUCGCUCAAAAGAUUUUAAACAGCAGGAGGGGCUUCUGUGCCUGUAAUGACCAUAUUAGGGAUAUCCCCUCUCUGUGACAUCAUAUAAAUCCAAGAGUAGAAAAAAGCUGCAGCAGUGAAGCUGAGAGGAGCCGACAUAAUGAAGGUAGAGAGUUUAAACAUUUGGACACCAAAGCAACGGACAGUCAGGGUGGAGUGGGUGGAGGCAGGUGUCAGCGGUGAUUUGUGAUAGAAGCACAGCAGCAGAGUGGACGGGAAGGUUUAAAGCUGGUAGUGUGCAUCAUUCUGCUGUGAUGUGUGAUCUGGAGACAGUAGCACUGACAAAGACAGACGGCCGAGCUGAAGACGUAAGACUUUCACUGGGAGUGAGCAGGAAGGACUGGAUUCACUCAAGAGACAGAGGUGGAGAUGGUGUGGAUGUGUGCAGAGGAGGAAAGGUGGAUAUAUUAGACGAAAGAUGAUGAAGGUGGAGCUGCCAGGCUGGAGGAAAAGAGGAAGAUCUAAGCAGAAAGGAGCAGCUGAAAGAAGAAGAAGCAGAAAACUGCCUGAUUUUAGAUUUCAGAGCAGUUUGAAACGAAACUUUGAGGCUUAAAUAGAGAGAGAUGUCGCUGCAGUCACGUACUCGUGACAUCCUCUCCAACAGAAUAUUUUCAUUCAAGUUGGCAGAUGUUUGUAGAAAAACUACUUUUAAGCUGUAAUUAGUCUGCUGUGACCGUCAUUACGAGAGGAAGUUUUAAAAAAGCCGACAUUUUCUAACACAAAGGGAUUUUUUAAAAAGUAUCGAAUAACUUUCAAAUUUUUUAUAGACCUUUUUAUUAGAUACAAGCUAAAACCAUUAAAGGUACAUUUUACUGCUUUUUACGAGAGACAAAGACACUGGUAGUGCCGCUUUGUUUAUUUAGAAUAUUUUUGACAGCCACAGUUAGCAGCAGAUAAUUAUACGUUUUUUUAAUAUAUACACACAAUUCUCGUUUCCCGACCAGAGCGUCAGUAUCCAGUAAAGGUCCUAAGCUGCCCCCCCCCCCACCAUGCUAACCAAGCCUACCUCAGACACGUGCGCUGCCCAGAUUAACAAGGACCGCAUCAGGUGUUGAGCAACCAGGACACCCUGAUGAGAGCUGGGCUACUGGAACUAGACGGUGGGUGAAAACAGGGCGCUGUUGGAAUGCUACUACACGAGUAACCCCAGCGGAAAAAUCACCUUUGUUGCUGAAAGAUUUGAUAGAUCACAUUUGAGCCUCUGCUGAGUGUAACUGCUCGGUCUCUGACCCUGGACUUUCAUAACCCUCCAGGUUUGGGAGGAUUUUACUGACUCGUUCAGCGACUCGUAAUUAAAAUUGAUCUGCGGCUGAUUAACUGGCUCGUUCUCUGAAAUCAAUGUGACUGAUGACGUUGUUCAGAGUUCAGAGGAAAAGCCGAGGACGAGCUCUCAGCGUUUGAUGUUCAGUCAAUUAAAAACAUAAUGACAGUGAACUCGGAAGGCAUGAAAACACGGCAGCAAGGCCGACUGCUGGAGCGUAAUUAAAAGUAUAAGUGAGGCACUUAUUCACAUUAUAAAAGCCAGAGUUUGAAAUAUGAUGAGUUCUAUGUUUGUGCAGAGAAACACCUGAAAUACUUCAUAUUAUACAGUUUCUAGUUAAAAGCUUGUCUUUUCUAACAGCUCAGGUCUGCUGUGUUAUCUUAUUUUCAGGGAAAUGAAACGUCUCUACAUAUUGUUGACAUUGAAAGGAUCUAUAUGUGUGGUUAAAAUCAGUUCAUGCUGAAUAAAUCAAAUAAAAUAGCUGCAGCUGUGAUGACCUUUGACGAGCUCUGUAAACCUCAGGGAUGUGUUGGAGUCCGACUCACCGUCACAUCCAUUGAUCAGUUAUUAAAGUGGACCUCCUGCAUCAGAACCAACACCCACACAGACGAACAGCAACAACACAAACUGGAACAGAAGAUUGAAUCUUGAUUUUCAACGCCCAACGCGCAUGUUCAAAACAAAGGGCAGCCGGUUUAAUCGCUCACAGCGAGCGGGAAGAAUGCAGGCGGUGAGAGCUUCUGACGUUAUAUCGAUUUAAAUCAACAGAGCCUCCGCUUUCUUUGUUUUUCUGACCGUUGGGUCGUUAAGAUGCUGAUAUCACUUAUAGUCUUCAAAGUUAUUUCCGAGCACAUCACAACAGUAACUACUGGAGAAUAGUUCAGUCUGGACUAUUGUUCCUGUUCUCGCAUCGUUUUUAGGAAUGUCUGAAGUUCAGUGCAAAUAAUCUUCCUGAGUCAUGAAAUAAAAUCUUUCCAGUUGUUCGUCGUGUCUUUGAUCUGAGCUCUGUUCGCCCCUUAUUUGUGGCUUAGCCAUUUAAAAACGGAGGUUGGUUAUUUGUUUGUUGAAUUUCUCUUGUUCUCUGAUGACGUAUCGACUGACUUUCUAGUCCGAGGGUUUCCUGCUAUGCCCGAGCCUCUCGUCUUUUUAAUGUGCUGCAGUUCUGGCUCUUAUUUUUGAGAAAUGAAACAAGCCUCCAAAAACUGUAGUCCUCGCUCUCCUCUGCCUUUUUAUUGGCGUUAUUCAUGUGCAGCACAUCUUUAACUGCUUAAAACCUCACAGUGAAACUGCAGCCCAGGGGCGCCGCCACUCCAGAUAUUUUAACCCUUCAUUAAAGAGUCGCUCUUGGUCCAAAUAAGACUUCAGUGUGGACGUCCAGCUCAGCGCCGGGUGUUUUUAUUGAGUAAUCGUCUGAGAUGUUCUCUUGGCUGAAGUUUGCCCCUCACACAUUUAACCCUCAUCCUCCAUCGUCCCUAUGCUAACGUCUUUAUUUUAAUAUUAAAUUAGAUUAGCUACAGCUCCAAACACUGCUGCUGUUUAGUAUUCACUUAUUCCCACGCUUGUGAUAAUGCCGUGCAGUUUAGUUUUUUAGAAUUACUUCAAUCAGAACACAGUUUAUCAUCUUUAGAAGGAAACUAGCGAGCUAACUUCCUGCUAACGUCUAACUGCUCUAAACCUCGGUGGUCCUUGUUUUCAGUCUGAUUUCUGUGUUCCUGGUCGUCUAGUAAGUCAAUUAUAUUAAUUUCUGUUUACAAACCUGAAAACCUCUCAGCUUUGGAUCAUUUAAAAAAAGAAGAUGCCCGAAGUUUAGCCGUAGCAUCUGAUUUAGCGUGGGUCAUUAAAUGGUCGCUCCAUGUUGGGCUCUGUUCUGACAGACACUUUGGUUCUGUUAUAUAUUUUGUGGCAUCUUGUCCCCUCCCAGGCCUGUUUUACUCUGAAAGCCUGUGUAGAUCAUUAAAACCACUCAUUA